ACCUCAGUAAAGUUUUUGAAAUCAGUUCACAAAGACCUGCCACAGCCAGUGAGAGGAACCAGGACUUCAUUAAAACACGUACUAGCAGCAACUUACUGGCUCAGCACAUUCAAUUAGCUGAAUUCAGCAGAAAGACCCCCCUCUCUACUCAAUACAGCCAAGCAGCAAAACCCACGAAGGAAACAGCAGGACCGCAGCGAGGUCUCUGCUGGGAGGGCGUGUGCAGAGUGUUCCUCCUGGGGAGGAGCAAGGUGGGGAGAAGUACUCGUUUGAAUCACGUUGCUCUCUCCACCACCAUCACCAGCAGUACAACAAGCCGUCUCCCUGCUGCGGCCCCGGGCGUCUCUUGGUUAUGCCUGCUGUCCAACCCAAGGCCGAGUUUGUCUUUGCCUCAAGCCAGCGAGAGCCCAGCGAGCGUAACAAACCUGUUUUCCCAGACGCUACCUUGUGGAAACAGUGAUCCAUACAGCCCUACAGUGUGCAGCAUGUUGAAGAGGCUGGAGAGCUACCUAAUGGGUUCAUAGUGCUUCAUCUACGCUAAUCGACCGAACAGCCCGUGGCCCUGCACUGGCCCCGAGGCAGCCCGUGAAGGCUGGCCUUGUCUGGACUGUCAGACCGCGUUAUCCUCCAGGGCGCACACUUGCCCCCAAACUGCCCAGUGGAAAUGGCCUUUGACACAAGCUAACUUCCGAAUUUUGCCGAGGGAUUAUUUGGGACUGCAUUUGAUAGCUGAGGCUAAAACCAUGCCAGAGGCCUUGCUAACAAGCAAUAUGGACAGCCACCUUUCAGUGCCCUGGCCUGAGCUCUGAUCCUGUUGUCUUACUAGUAUAGACACAGCCUAUAUGAUCUUACCCAAAGUACCUCUUUCUUGUGGGAGUGUAAUGGUGAUAACUGCAGUUGACCUGGUUGUUUGCUAUCAGCCAUCAGCAAGUAAUAACAGUAUAUGCUUUUCUUUGUUUAUUUAAAUAUACAGCGUAGUAUUUAACAAGCACAGUUAUAAUUUAAAUGUGUCUGUGGAACAGAGUCAGAGGGAGAAAAACAGCCUGUCCCAAGAAACACCAUGGCAUUUAUCCUGCAAAGAGCAACAAGGCAAGUCCAUCACUAUGGCUGUGCCAGCAUCAUGAAAAGGUGCAGGCAGUCUCUGCCCCCCAGAGGUACACCAGAUGAGGAAUGGGACUGUUGUUAGCACUGGAAUCAUUUGCACUUGCUCAUACAAAGUUCAGUUAUCUGCUGAUAAUUAGUAAGGUCUGUGGUAUUUCUGUUGUCUGUGUGGCUGUAAGGCUGCUUAGUGGCUGACAAACACAGUGACAAGUGUAAGUGUAGGAAGGCCAAGCAAACGAGGGUAUGACCAGCACCCAUAGGCAUACUACUGCGAUUUUAACAUACAGGUAAAGGUAGCAGGCACAGGUGACAGAAUAAAGAAAUUGCACAUGUGCUUCCUGGAAAUCUGGGUCUGUUUCUGAGUUCUUAGUCCACGUCUUACUAAUCGUUAAAAUGCAUGCUGGCUAUGUGAUAGUUGAUAUGGAUAUUGCCAUGGCAAUCACAGCAGUAUUUAUUGUAGAAAUACUUCCCAAGGUGCAUCCACAUUCUGAGUGCUUCUCAAUGACUGCAGAGCUACUUUCAAAAAAUGUCUAUGAGCCAGACAAUUCCUACUUUACAGCCACAGAAGAGUGCUAAGGUCCAGGCUAACAGAAAUCCCAUGACAUAAAUUUGACUUUAGAUAAAAUUUCUGUGGCUGGCAAGGUCUAUCAAAACUCUUCUUCCCUAUCUAGGUAUUUCAUCAUCAGUAGAUGGCUACGACAUACUUAAGCUCUGAAAAUUUUUCUGCGUGACAGUGCCAGAUAGCCUUGAAUUCAGUGCAACAUAUAUCAAUGGUAGUCACUUUCAUUUAAAAAAUUUCAUUAAAAUAUUGGUGGUGGAACUGUUGUUAUCCAUCUUUCAGAUAGUAACUUAAUUGAUAAAACACUCACCCAGAAAUAAGGAGACAUAACUGCUACCAAUCUGUUGCAUCCAAGUUACAGAAUAGGUUGCUUGAACUCCCGCUAGUUUGUUGCCCUCAAAAUCUUGGUAUAGGCAAAAGGAAAACAUAGGAUAUACGAAGUCAUUUUAGUCUAAUUGAAGUAUUGGCAAUCAUAUCAAAGAAUUAUUAGUUCAGUUGCAAUGGUAGUAACACAGUUCAAAUUAAAUAUGGUUAAAAUGGCAUAUAUAUACAAACUUUCUAGUAUCUACCCCUUUCUCUGAUAUUAUGCCCACCCUUCCGUUGCCCCUGUGGGUCUUAGCAUCAGUGAUUUCAUUCUAGGGAGGAGGUGUCUGGAAAGACAUCGAGAUCCCCAGUCCUUCACCAGGAGGAGGAUGUUGCUGAUGUUAAUGGUUUCUUCCUUCUCACUGUGGGAUCUAGUUGGGGUCAUUUUUAUGUUUGCUAACAUGCUCUAUACCUUGCUCUUUUUUCCUGGGUCUGUAAUUCUACCUAAUACCCAAAUUUAUUAUAUAUGGCGUGUUUUACAUAUGUUGAGUAUUUAUUCUUUCCUCUCUUCUUACCCCGAAACUGUUUUUACCCAGCUCCCAAGGUUGCAUUCUUUUGCUGACCGUUAAUUGGCCCUGGGUGAGUUGGUUAUAGCCCCUGGGGCCUCCAGUAUCAUCCUCUGUCUAUACUUCCAAGGCCUCUGCCAUCUUCCCAUGCCUUUACUCCGCUGUGCUGCAUUUUAUUCUAGAAUCAUAGAUAGUUUAUUCUAUGCAGGAGAACUAUUUGUUGUAGAAAUCUGUAUAACUAUAGAUGUUGCAUCAUACAAUUGUACAAAGCUAAGUAAAAAUUAAAGUAAGCAAUAGUUACCUGGUCAUUAGAUAAUUGCUAUUACAAGCUAAAACAAAUCUCCAAGCAAGGCAAGAGGAGUCCGGACAAAGCCUGAUGGCUCCUGAUGCCUGUGUCAUUAGCUUACCGCAAAGCCUUGUGGCCUGUUACUAGCAAUGGCACUACAGUAUUUGCUGGCCUAUGAGGUUCAUAAAGCUCAAGGUCAUCCUGAGCCCAAAGGUGAAGGGACAUUCAAAGCCACACAUCCCACAUUGCAGGAGGGUGUGCCUGUCCCAGGCUAUCGAAAGGGACCUGUUGAAAAUGGGCCAAAAUGCAGAGAGAAGUGCAUAGUGAGCACGAAUCAAGCAGCUUGACUCUGUAAACCACCAAUGAGAGUAUCCCUUUGAAGAGGGGAAAGUCUGCUCAGGAAUUGGUUAUAUAUUUUACAAUUACGUCAGUGAAUAAGACUCAGCACUGGAACAGAACACAAGCCAUCAAGGGGAAGAAACCUUUUUUUUUUUUUUCCCCCACAUUGUGAUUGGUUUUGUCCUUUUCACACAAUAUUCAAACUUUUGCUGGAAGGCUUUAGAAGGCAUCUUUUUUUUUCUUCUGUCCUGCCUUACUUAUAGCCUGAUGGUGAAUGCAUUUUUUGAGGGGAACAGCAUUUUGAAGUACCACAACUUUCAGCGUGGUUCCUUUGUGACUUAUAUAAGGUCACAAAAAAUGUAUGGCAGGGAAUCAGUCUUUGGUCUACAGAGCACUAUGUUAGCUGUGUAGCUGAAAUAGGACCUCUGUCAUGGAGCUUGCUGGAGCUAAGUGCUUGCUUGAAAGGCUUGAAGCUGAAUGAGUCUGUCCUAAAAAGAUAUGUUUGCCAUAUUUUUUUGGAGGUUAAGAUAGAAAGAUAGAUCGAUCAAUUGAUCACCUACCAUUCUUUAAAACAGUGUGUGGGGAAGGAUUAAAAAGAGUGUAUCCCAUCUAAUUGCAGGGGAAUUUUAAGUGGGCAAAAGAGGAUUACCUUUUUAUUUGAUAUUUGCGUGUUAGAGUUAGUACCCUUGCAAGUAGAUCUUAUUACAGCUUGGCAACACAUCUAACAAAUUUAUCAGUGCAGAAACCAAAGUAGCCAGUAGUGCAAUAGUGUAGUUAGAACACUCGGGUUGGCUAUAGAAGAUCCAAGUUGAGUUUCCUGCUGCAGACUGGCUGCCUAGUUCCCACGCUCGUGUAAGUCUUCCACUUUAUAGAAGUAAUUAAGUCAUCUCUACAGUAUGUACUGGAGACUUCAUCAACUCUACCUUAGAAUCAGCCGUCUACAACUAGUUAGUCUCUAUUUUUCUCGCCCUAAUAGUAUGCAAUUACUUACAGAAGGUGGAACUUAUACAAAAAAAAAUCUUGGAAGAGAUUCAGCCCACAGUCGCAUUAUGGUUAAAGUCAUCUUGGAUUAGGGAAGGUGAGGUUCAGAUCCUCAUAUGAAUUAUGCAUUUAAAACUGGGUUUCCCACAUGUUGCUUGAAAGCCUUAACUGCCAAGCUACUGGGUUUUGCGGGAUAGCGAAAAUCUGCUCACUGCAUUUCUGCACAAUUAUUUUGAAAGAUCUCAAUUUCAUUCCAUUGAAGAAGAAAAUACUUCAAAUCUCAAAAACUUUCAUAGAACAAGGAAAAUGUUACUAGCCCAGGUCUAUUUGGAAAAUUUCUCGUAUUGCCUGUCGUAACUUUUGCAGAGAAAAGGAUUCCCAGCUUACUUGGCCCUUCAAACCUGGCAGCUGAUGCCGAUUGUUAUGAAGAUGUGUUUGUUUGGCUGUUGAUGUGGGACUCCUGCCAGGAAGAGCAGAAAUUGCUGCACGCAGAAAGAGGCAUUUGCAUUGACAGCUUCUUGGACGGCUCUGGGACAACAUUUUUCUGAGGAGGCAAACUCUUGACUGUAAUAGUUCAUUGCAGUCAUGGCACCUAAGAAGAAGAAUGUGAAAAAGAACAAAGCAGAUAUCAAUGAAAUGACUAUCAUUGUGGAAGAUGGCCCCCUAAGUAAACUAAAUGGCUUGAAUGGACUCUUAGAGGGAGGAAAUGGUUUCAGCUGCAUCUCAUCUGAAGUUUCCGACUCAUCGUAUAGCCCAAAUCUCUUGGAAGGUCUAAGCAGAAUGAGACAAGAAAAUUUUCUUUGUGACUUGACUAUCAGUACCAAAACCAAAUCUUUCAGUGUUCACAAGGUAGUGAUGGCUUCAAGCAGUGACUACUUUCACAACAUCUUAAAAAAAGAUCCAACCACGCAAAGAGUAGACCUCAAUGAUGUAUCCCCAUUGGGUCUAGCUACUGUUAUCACCUAUGCUUAUACUGGAAAACUUACUCUCUCACUUUAUACAAUAGGUAGUAUUAUUUCUACAGCAAUCUAUCUUCAAAUUCACACUCUUGUAAAGAUGUGCUGUGAUUUUCUAAUCCAAGAAAUCAGUGUUGAGAAUUGUAUGUACAUUGCCAAUAUUGCAGAAACAUAUGGACUAAAAACAACCAAAGAAGCAGCACACAAAUUUAUUAGAGACAACUUCAUUGAAUUUUCAGAAACGGAUCAGUUCUUAAAACUUACUUUUGAUCAGAUUAAUGAACUUCUUGCAGAUGAUGACUUGCAGUUACCUUCUGAAAUUGUUGCAUUCCAGAUUGCAAUAAAAUGGCUGGAAUUUGACCAAAGAAGAGUAAAGUUUGCUGCAGAUCUUUUAGGUAACAUCCGUUUUGGUACCAUCUCAGCUCAAGACCUCGUCAAUUAUGUUCAAACUGUACCGAGAAUGAUGCAAGAUGCAGACUGCCAUAAACUUCUAGUGGAUGCUAUGAAUUAUCAUUUGCUUCCCUAUCAUCAGAAUACUUUGCAGUCCAGAAGAACAAGGAUUCGGGGAGGUUUCAGAGUGUUAGUUACUGUUGGGGGACGCCCUGCACUAACAGAAAAGUCUCUUAGCAGAGACAUCUUAUACAGAGAUCCUGAAAACGGAUGGAAGAAGCUUAGUGAAAUGCCUGCUAAAAGUUUUAAUCAGUGUGUGACAGUGAUGGAUGGAUUUCUGUAUGUGGCCGGUGGGGAAGACCAGAAUGAUGCCAGGAACCAAGCCAAGCAUGCAGUCAGCAAUUUCUGCAGAUAUGAUCCUCGUUUCAACACAUGGAUUCACCUGGCAAAUAUGAAUCAGAAGCGUACCCACUUUAGCCUGAAUGUAUUCAAUGGCCUCCUUUUUGCAGUGGGUGGUCGCAACUCCGAGGGGUGUCUCUCUUCAGUUGAGUGCUAUGUGCCUGCAACAAAUCAGUGGCAAAUGAAGGCACCUCUGGAGGUGCCACGGUGCUGCCACGCUAGUGCAGUGGUAGAUGGUAGGAUCCUGGUCACAGGAGGUUACAUAAAUAAUGCUUAUUCUCGUUCAGUGUGUAUGUAUGACCCCUCUAAUGAUAACUGGCAGGAUAAGUCCAGCCUUAGCACUCCAAGGGGAUGGCACUGUGCUGUAUCCCUUUUGGAGAGGGUCUAUGUCAUGGGUGGCUCACAGCUGGGAGGGCGAGGGGAAAGAGUGGAUGUUCUCCCCGUGGAGUGCUACAGUCCUUACACAGGGCAAUGGAGUUACGUUGCACCCCUCCAAACUGGAGUUAGUACGGCAGGGGCCUCAACACUUAAUGGGAAAAUUUAUUUAGUGGGGGGCUGGAAUGAAAUAGAGAAGAGAUACAAGAAGUGCAUUCAGUGCUAUAACCCAGAUCUCAAUGAAUGGGCAGAGGAAGAUGAGUUGCCUGAAGCCACUGUGGGAGUAUCUUGUUGUACAAUAUCCAUGCCCAACAACAAAACAAGGGAGUCCAGAGCUAGCUCGGUUUCUUCUGUGCCAGUCAGUAUUUAAAUACUGGCCUAACCAGAAAUAAAUAAAGACGUUUACCUGCACACCAGUAUAAUUAACCCUUUAAGUAGCAUUUUUGUGCUUAUAUGGAAAAAAAAUUGGCAUUGCAACAGCUUUAAUGAUGCAAAUUGGCCAGUUUUCAUGAUCUUUAAUACAGGUGGUGUGAAACAGCAUAUUAGAGAUAAGAUGAAUUUUAUUAACAGGAACAGAUAGUUAUGUAGUAGGUGUUUCAUUCUGUUCCUGGUUUUGCCACUGACUCACUGUGUUAUCUGUGGCAAAUCACUUAAUUUCUUUGUGCCUAUGUUUCCUUACCUGUAAAACAGAGAUGAAACUUGCUUCAGAGGGUUGUUGUGAGGCUUUUUUAAUACUGAGUUUUAAAUGCUUUCAGAACUCAAAAUGAAAGUCAAAUAUUACUAGUAAUAAAUCUCAACAUACUGUAGAAAUGUGCCAUGUCAUCAUAAAAUUGGUCAGUUUUGUUCUUUUUUAGGCAUUUCAUAUUUUGAGAAAGGCAUUUAAAAAAAAGCUUUUGCAUAUAGUAUGUACAUAUGUUCCCUUUGGGGUAGUGAUAUUCACAGAAAAUUUUUCAAAACAUGUUCUCCUUAAGAAGUUAGAAAGUGGUAUCUAUUGUCUGCAAUGAAACCCUUUAAUUCUCAUACCUAAUGCUAUGACAUGGCUUUCAAGAGCAAAAUCCACAAAAUACAUUAGCUCCUCUAACCAUUAUGGGCCAGACCCAAGGACCUGCCUUCCGUGCCAGGUUGCUCUCCAAACCUCCAUGUGUGCACCAAGGAGCAGAUCACAACCGCAUCCUCCUCCACAGUCCAGAGAGACUCUCCUGUCACUCCAGAGGGGAGGCAAGAAGGCCACUCAGUUUAUCUCCUCCUUUUCCUACACUUCCUGUCUAUGCAGGGAUGUACCUCCAGGUUACAUUCUCUUUUCUGAGAAGGCCCUCACCAAUCCAAGGAGCCAGGAGCUGCCACAGCAGGGGGGAAAUCUGGAAGCCGAGUGCAUGCCAGGAGGCACCAAGGGCUAAUGGUGUCCAAGCACGGAGAAGAAAGAUGCAUAGGACAACUUUCCUAUUCAAUAUUUAUUCUGACAAAUUUCCAGUGGAGUCAGAACAAAGGCUGAAUAAAUACUGCAGGAUCUGACUUUAAGAAUAGAGUAUAUGGGUAGAAAACAGUAAAUGAUGGGAAAACUGGGUGAAAUAGAAGACGCUUUCCUUAAAAAGAACAGAGAGAUAUUUUAACACCUUUCUUACCAGAUAAAGACACAACAUGACCCAAACUAACCUUUUCCUGGACAAACCACUAUGUACCUACUUUUCAAGCCUUCAUUGCAGCCUUCUUUAUUAUCUGAGGAGGGCUUAUUCACUUUUUUCCAAAGACUAGACUAAUGCUGAGCCUGUUGAGGUCUGUGAAGUUUUUCCAUUGAUUAGAGUUGAGCCUUUGCUCAUCCCAAAUUAUCUUCUAAGAAUUUUUUUCUUAUUUUCAGCACAUAGUGGGGGAAUUAAUCAUGAAAACUAACCCUAUUCCCUUAGCCAAAAGGAUAUGCAUCCCAUCAUGUCCCCUGAGAGUUUGAUAGCACAUGAUUGGCAUCAGUAAUGAAUGUCUACACCCUUCUGUUUGGGAAGGAAAGAAACAAUAAAAGGAACUAAAAUUACUUAAUAUAAGCCAAAUGGUAGAAAUUCACUCUUCUAACCAAUUCAUAGAGCCUUCAUGCAGUUUCCUCACGUUGUAAUUGACACCUCCAAGAUACAGUGCCAACUAGAAAGCACACGCAUAGCAGUGUUUACAAGGCAGCCAAAUUUUUAUCUCAUUUGCAAAAGGGGGACUCUAUAAAUUUGUCCCUAAGUGCAGACCUUGUUGAGGCAAACAUUUACAGGACUGUCAUAAUCUAAUUGCUCUUUGUUACAGUUACAUAUUGUGCAUCAGCAAUGUGCGUGACACAGUAAUGCCAAAGUAAUUCACUCUGUCAUCUGGUAUUAAACAGUAUGGUACUCAGUCCUGUUUUCCAGUUCUAAUUUAGUUAGAGUUCAUGUCUCCCUCCUGACUACACAAUUUUAAAUCCUGAUUUCUAUUUUUGAGUACUGCAUGUUGUUAGAAUAUACUGCACUGCAAUGACUUUCUGUCAAAGUAGUGCUGCCAUAUGGGUUUGACUGAUGUAAUGUGUAUAUAGUUACCCUUUCUUCUCUUUAAUUCAAAUGAAUAAUAAUCCAAGUUUAUAGUCACGGAACAAAACAUAAAAUUGUAUAACAGAGUAAGAUUGGUUUGUUUUAAGUACAAAAAAUGCUGUUCUUGCCCUUUUCAGUGAGGGAAAGCAUUCUCUUUGAUGAGAGCACAAUUUCCCUUUUCCCAAAGUCAUGACCAAAUAUUCCAUAUGAAAGUAUUUAAGAAGGCCUUUGAAAAACACAUCUGUUCCAAUAAUUUUUGUAAAAUUACAAUACCAUUAGAUGUAGUUUCUUAUCCACCCAGGCCAAUGAAGUCACACAUAUGCAUAUCCAAUUAUAUCUGAAUAUGUACAGCAGAUAGCUUUUUAGUUUUUCUAAGGCACCCAUUAAAUGAGUAUCUAGGAAGUGAAUAAACAAUCAUUUUGGCCUCAGAUAAAUAUGGGAUGAAAUUGUGUCACAUGCAAGUGCCUUUCUUUCCGUUUACGAAUUCAGUGCUAAAAUGGUACGAGUAGUCAGAUGUUGUUGCAAGCUUUCCUCUUUUGCGAGCCAGCAUUUCCUGUAUGUUAACAAUGAUCUUCUGUUUCCCAAUAGCUAUUUGUGAAUUAUGGGCUAAGUGCAAUGAAAUGCUGUCUACUACUUAAAGGGUUAAAAACUUUGGGGGCCAAAUCCUAUCCAUCUUACAAAAAAGUCCUGUUGACUUCACUGGGACGGUUGAAUACAAUGUAUAGGAUUUCACACUCUUGGUCAAAUUCUGGCAGAACAUUACAUAUAGAUGCCUGCCAAAACUGCCCAUACCCGGAAGCAAGACCACUGUCUCAGCUUCCACUGCCCUUCGCCACAAGAAAUUGAUAAAAAAGUGACCUAGAACAGGAGUCAAGCAAUAUUGGCCACAUAUUCCUGCCAUUGCACAAAUUAGGUAUGUACUUCAGGCCAAAAAUCUUAGGUAGAUGAACAAAUAGUAUUGUUAUUAGUAUAGCACUCCAGUGUGGCUUUAUAUUGUUUUCAUUAUUUUCUUUAAAUAUCUGUUUAGGGUUCAACUGCACAUUGAGCCAGGAUCUGGCCCUUAAUAUGUGAAAAUACCUGCUGAACUUCAUAUUAUUUUGAUCAUACCAAUGUACUGCCCUAGUUGUGACAUUUUUAUGUACAAUGUUGUUUCAUUAGAACUGUUAAAAAUGGUUUGUAUGUUACGUGUUACGGAACAGUUUUCUAUCUUUGUCCAGCACAGUAUUUUCAAUCCCCAAAUAUUUAAUAGGAACAGCUCAGUUGAACUGGAAACAUUGUAUAUCCCCAAAAUAAAUUUUAAAAUGCAGUUUGGGAAGUACUGUCUAUGAUAAUAUUAUCAAGUACAGCAGAGAGCUUCCAACUACACAAGAUGCAGAUUGUUAAAACAACACAGGGAUCUUCUUUAAUGCUAUACUACCAGUAAAAAAAAAUGUAUGCAGUUAUCUUCAAAGUUCCUUAUGUCCAUGCAUUUUAUAGGCCAUAACAUCUGCGCUUCAAAGGAAUUCAAAUCUGAAAAUAAUCUUUCAUCAAUCUAGGAGUGAAACAGUUUGAUAAUAUUUUGUUUUCUUGUUUCAUCAUGCUUGUAUAGGUGCAUGAGUGUGUUAUAAGGUCAUGAGAGAGGAACUUACUGUUGGAAAGUUAUGAUGUAAGGGAGAUUUUGUGCUUAGUUCUUACUAGAUGAGCUCUAAUCAUUUAAUCUCUUCCUGGAGUGAACUCAUAAGAUCAUCUGUGGUUUAAUCAGAGUGCAGUAGACUUAAGUGCCAAGUUGUAACUAGCCAAAGAGGGAAGUAGACUAUAUUAUAGCAUCAACCAAAGCUAUGAAAUGUUAAAAAGUGUGCCAUGUUAAGAUUUUUAAAUGGCAGUUCAUGCAGGGAAAAAUAUAUGAUGAAUGAAAUGACUGAAUAAGACCUUCAUUUAUAUAAUCUUCAAACCUUGCUUAGUUGAUCCUGCAGUUCUAACUCCUUCAAAAUCCAUGCUGGGUUUAGAGGAAGCUUUGCUCUAGUAACAGUGGGGUUUGGGGAUUCUAGGCGCAGACCCUACCAUCACACAAAUAAUUGUAUGAGCCUGAAUACCUUCUUGAAUUCAGUGGGACUUCUUUCAUAUACGGUUAUUCUCAUGUGUGUAUAUUUGGAGAAUCAAAAUCCAAGAACUAAAUGCAUGGGAAGAUAAGUAUCAAAGUCCAAUGAAGGCCAACAUGGAGUCAUGACACUGAUCCUCAAUAUUCAGCUGUCCACUUACCACGCAGGCACAUGAAAUUUUUAGAGACUAGCUUUCCCUAUAGGGAUUAGUUCUUAGGGGGCAGCUGCUCAGUGAAAUCCUCUGUAGACACCCAGGGUUCUUGUGCAAUACACAGGACGGACAUUGCAAGGGCCUCCACAUCAGAAAGUGGAAGACAGCCACUUAGCACAGUCAGCAGACUAAGACUUAGUUCCCUGUUUGAGAAAUGUGCGUUGGAGGGAAGCACCUACUUCUACACACAGCUUUCACUAAGCAGCCUUUGCUUUAUACUAUGUAACUGAGGCAGGUCAGCCUUUCUGAUGAAAAGCAAGACUCAGUUUUGAAUUGACUGUAACUUGAAUUCUGAGUUUCUUUGAAUCCUCAGUCCAUUGUAACCUGGGUUUACCCACGCAGAGACUUUUGUUUCAAAUUCUGAAUCUACCUAUUUGGAGGAUGAUCUUGAAGCCGAUAGACCUACUACAGUCUCCUGAAUUUUUUGCAAAGAAUCUUUCUAUUCUUUUGUCAAAGGUCUACUCUGUAUAAAUAAUCAAAAAGUUUAAUGCAGCUAUUUGCACUCUGACUCCAGCCUGGUGGAGUCACACUGGGCUGUUAUAUAAAUGAUGUGUUGUCUUUUUUUUUUUUUUUAACUUUUUCCUUCUCCCUAACUGAGUGACUAUCCCACAGGGCACCAAAGAAGGUAUUGGUGCACAGAUUAAUAUAGUACAUAAAGCUCAUCUGUGACUCUAAUUCAAAGGACCUCAUAGCUGCUGGCCACAGUAAAGAAAAGGACAAAGUCUGGAAUGCCUGUUGGGAGAAAGGAGUGAAAAAUUAGUCGUUGGUGCUCCUUUGGAAGUGUGGCACUUCUCAGAGCUCUGUUCCCGGUUGCCUAAAGAAUAAAGGGAAAUACCUGGAAAUCUAUGUAGCUUGUAUGAGAGAUACAGAUAAUAUCAGAUGAUGAGUUUUGCCAUGCAAAAGACUAGUAUGAGUUCAUUGUUGUCUCAAUGAAAAUUAAAAUUUCAAUAAAAAUGUAGUUCUUUCAUAAGUGAGCAAUUAGUAAAUAUAUGAGGAAUUCUUAGUUGAAUUCUGUUGUUAAGAAUGGGAACACAAACAUACAUACACUGGAUGUUACAUUAGUUGAUGCCCUGGCUGCCAACAUGAAAAGUUAAGAACGUAACUUAUUUAUGUAGAGCAGUUUCCUGGUUUGUAAGUGUUAGACAUUUUGCUUAUAUAAAUAGGUUUCUAAUUACACAGUUUUAGGAUGGAAUGCAAUAACACAAGGGAACAUAUUUCAUCUAAAAAAAAUCUACAAAUGUAAUGUGAGAAUGUUAUCUUAAAACAUUAAGAUUUGUAGUGUAGCAA